AUGAAGAACGAAACAGAGUACAACACAGAACUCACAAAAAUCCGUCACACAAAUUAUGUCAGAAACAGCAGAGCUAUAGUGGUGCUAUGGGCCAUCUUCAGCUGCAUAUUUCUCAUCCUCAACAUUGUGGUCUUUGCUCAGCCACAGUGGAUAGGAGAUACUGGGGACAGCGCUGUACCUGGAUUCUUUGGAGUUUGGGAAUACUGCAGUGAAUCUUCGACUGAAAAUCAGUUCAUCUGCUCAGGAGAUUUCUUACAAUGGAGUUCCUUUCCAAAUAAUUACUUCCGGGCCACGGCCAUAAUGGUUGGUGUCAGCUGUAUAAUGUUCAUGCUGGUCAUCCUGUCCUUCAUACUCUUCUGCCUUCUCAACACGGGGACAGUGCUGCAGAUCUGUGCUUGGUUUCAGAUUUUGUCAGGUUUGCUUAUGCUGGUAUCCUGCAUCAUAUACCCAGGAGGGUGGGAUCAUUCUGUCGUACAGACAGUAUGUGGGCUACAGUCAGGUCAUUACAACAUUGGUGUCUGUGGCAUGCGCUGGGCCUAUGCCCUAGCCAUAGUUCUUGUCUGUGAUGCCUUCAUCCUUGCCGUACUGGCAUUUGUGCUGGCUGCUAAACAGGCAAACCUUUUGCCUGAUGCCUACAAAAAGAAACCAGAAAAAGUAAUCGAGAAAGAGAAAGUGAAACUGGCGAGCAGCCACAAAGAUGGUGUAACCCCAAGUGAGAUGUACGGGGAUUAUUACAAUACAGUUCAUUCAACUUCUGGUUACUCAACUGGCAGGAAGUACAACCAUGGAUAUGUUGAGGAUUAA